CGACACGUGAUCCGCUUGCCACAAUCCAGAAUGGCGGAAUCCGUCAGUGAGUGGAUCUGCUGCUGGCGCGCUCUCCAACGGGAAUAAAGUCCGGUGCGGUGCGUCCGAUCGCGGCGGAGCUGCGGAGAGUUCGACCAUUGAGGAAAAAGAAACCGACACAGAGUUGGAUUACGACCAGAGGGGGCGCUGUGAGCAUCUGAGAAUCUCUCUUUCCCUGUCCCAUGUCUCUCUUGACCUGUCUGUCCAGUCAACAGUGGAUGGUGACCAGCCAACAAACCCCAGAGGAGCCGUGAGGCACUUCUCAAAUCCUCAUCUGCCAGGACACACUCCAAUAAUUGUCUGGCCAGCAGAAAGAGCUGCCGACACGAUGAGUUCCCACAGCCGCCCAGAUGGACUUCCUAGUAAAGAGCAGCCUCUGGAGCUUCUGAAGCCAUCUGGAGUCAACCACAUUCCUCCUGUUGAUGUGAGUGCGGCUCUGCCACUGCAAGAGCCCCCCUCUGCCAUCCCCAUGGACCUGCGCGUGGAUCACCAGUUCGCUCUGACCCCGACAGACCCGGCUCAACGUGAGCAGCAGCUACAGCAGGAAUUGCUCGCACUUAAGCAGAAGCAGCAGAUCCAGAGGCAGCUUCUCAUCGCGGAGUUUCAGCGGCAACACGAGCAGCUCUCGCGCCAGCACGAAGCGCAGCUGCAGGAGCAUGUCAAGCAUCAGCAGGAUCUUCUGGCCCUGAAGCAUCAGCAGGAGCUUAUGGAGCACCAGCGAAAGUUGGAGAGACAUCGUCAGGAACAAGAGCUGGAGAAACAACAGCGGGAACAGAAGCUUCAACUACUCAAGAACAAAGAACGUGGCCAAGAGAAACACUCUGGGCUGUCAUUAAAGGGUUCAACUUUCAACGUACCGAGUCAUGUGACAAAACUUUGGGAGAAACGGCAACAAACUACAUCUGGCGCUGUGGCGAGCACUGAGGUGAAGAUGAGGUUGCAGGAGUUUGUCCUGAAUAAGAAGAAAGCACUGGCCCAGAGGAGCCUCAACCACUGCCUGCCUAAUGACCCACGCUACUGGUAUGGGAAAACCCAGCAUAGUUCACUGGACCAGAGCUCGCCACCUCAAACAGGGAUUCCCACUUACAACCACCCGGUGUUGGGAAUGUACGACCCCAAAGAUGACUUCCCGCUACGCAAGACCGCUUCUGAGCCCAACCUGAAGCUGCGUUCCAGACUAAAGCAGAAAGUGACAGAGCGCAGGAGUAGCCCACUGCUGCGGAGGAAGGACGGGCCCAUCACCACUGCUAAGAAACGCUCUCUUGACAUGGCAGAAUCUGCAUGCAGCAGUGCUCCUGGUUCAGGCCCCAGUUCACCCAACAACAGUUCAAACAACAUUACCAAUGAGAACGGAAUCACCGGAUCCAUCUCCAACAGUCCAGUUGAGCCAUCGUUGGCACACAGACUGACUGGCAGAGAGGGACCUGUUAGCCAGCUGUCACUGUACACGUCACCCUCCCUCCCCAACAUCACCCUGGGUCUUCCAGCGACCGGCCCCUCCAGCGUUGCAUCUUGCCAGCAGGAUAGUGACAGAAGGGCAGUGCCAGGAAUACCCAGAGCCACUCCAUUCAUGCCCGGGGCCCAUCUGCCAUCUUACCUGGCUGCCUCCACCUUAGAGCGGGAGGGCGGCUCGGCUCAUAACUCUCUCCUGCAGCAUAUGGUGCUUCUGGAGCAGUCAGCAGCGCAGAACUCGAUGAUCGCAGGUCUGGGGGGUGUGCCCCUGCAAUCUCAUCCUAUCCACAAGCUCCGGCAGCAUCGUCCCCUGGGACGCACACAGUCGGCCCCACUGCCUCAAAACGCCCAGGCGCUACAACAGCUGGUGGUUCAACAGCAGCACCAGCAGUUCCUCGAGAAACACAAGCAACAGUUCCAACAGCAGCAACUGCACAUCAGCAAGAUGAUGGCGAAGCCAAGUGAGCCAGGCCGACAGCACGAGAGCCACCCGGAGGAGACGGAAGAGGAACUGCGGGAGCACCAGGGGCUAGCCGAUUCCAUGGAGGGUCUUCCUCAUGGCGUCACCAUUAAACAGGAACCUCUAGAUGAACAGGAUGAAGAGUUCCAGCAGAGAGAGAGACAGGCAGAGGAAGAGCUGCUCUUCAGACAGCAAGCUCUCCUGUUGGAGCAACAGAGGAUUCAUCAGCUGAAGAACUAUCAGGCAUCUAUGGAGGCGGCCGGGCUGUCAGUGACAUUCCCCGGCCAUCGUCCCCUAUCCAGAGCACAGUCCUCUCCGGCUUCAGCCACAUUUCCCAUCGUAGUGCAGGAACCUCCGGCUAAACCACGCUUCACCACCGGUCUGGUGUACGACACGUUAAUGCAGAAGCACCAGUGUAUGUGUGGAAACAGUAACAUACACCCAGAACACGCUGGCCGCAUUCAGAGCAUCUGGUCACGAUUGCAGGAAACGGGACUGCGCGGCCAGUGCGAGUGUAUUCGGGGCCGGAAAGCAACUCUGGAGGAGUUACAGACCAUUCACUCUGAAGCUCAUGUGCUGCUUUAUGGCACCAACCCACUCCGACAAAAGCUUGACAGCUCGGUGACACCCAUGUUCGUGAGACUCCCGUGCGGAGGAAUCGGGGUUGACAGUGACACGAUCUGGAAUGAAGUUCACUCGUCCAGUGCUGCUCGUCUGGCUGUGGGAUCUGUGGUGGAUCUGGUCUUUAAGGUGGCAUCGGGAGAACUGAGGAACGGCUUUGCUGUAGUACGGCCUCCGGGACACCAUGCUGAGGAGAGCACACCGAUGGGAUUUUGCUAUUUCAACUCUGUCGCCAUUGCAGCCAAACUCCUGCAACAGAGACUCAAUGUCAGUAAGAUUCUGAUUGUAGACUGGGAUGUUCACCAUGGAAACGGGACUCAACAGGCCUUCUACAACAACCCCAAUGUCCUGUAUGUGUCUCUCCAUCGCUAUGAUGAUGGGAACUUCUUCCCUGGCAGCGGUGCCCCUGAUGAGGUGGGCAUCGGUCCAGGUGUGGGAUUUAAUGUGAACAUGGCUUUCACCGGAGGUCUGGAGCCACCCAUGGGGGAUGCAGAGUACCUGGCAGCAUUCAGAACGGUGGUCAUGCCAAUUGCCAACGAGUUUGCUCCAGACGUUGUGCUGGUUUCUUCUGGUUUUGAUGCUGUGGAGGGGCAUCCAUCACCUCUGGGAGGAUACAAACUAACGGCCAAAUGUUUUGGCUACUUGACCAAGCAGCUGAUGGGACUGGCCGGUGGCCGGCUGGUGCUCGCCCUGGAGGGGGGUCAUGACCUCACAGCCAUUUGCGAUGCCUCUGAAGCAUGUGUUUCUGCUUUGCUUGGAAACGAGUUGGAACCUCUCCCUGAAGAAGUGCUGCAACAGAGGCCAAACCCCAAUGCCGUUCACUCCAUGGAGAAAGUUCUGGAAGUCCAUAGUAAAUACUGGCACUCGCUGCAACGAUCUGCCUCGACUCUGGGCUACUCUCUGCUGGAGGCUCAGAGGUGUGAAACUGAAGAAGCAGAGACUGUGACCGCCAUGGCCUCCCUGUCUGUGGCCAACAAGCACAUGGGAAUGAGGACAGAGGAGGAGCCCAUGGAAGAGGAACCUCCACUGUAGAAGGUCCGUUUAACUGCCUUGGUGACCCUCGUGGCUCAGAGCUUCUUGAAGGCCUCUGUCCUCACUCUGCUCUCUCCACCCGUUUCAUUUUUUGUCCCGCCUCUGCCUGGUAGGGCAAGAGGUGCGCACUUUGAGCACGGGACUCGAAACGGCCUGAAGAAACCUCCAUGAUACCCAGAGUGCAACAGUCUAAAACGUCUCGGCUGUGUUAGUCAGUCUGUGUCCGUGGCAGAACGUCCAGGAUUCUGUACCUGGUCUGUCCACAGGGACGUUUACUUUUGAGCAGGACAUAGGCUCAUGUUCCAUUGUUAGAUGUGAGAGCUGGUGCUUUCAACACAAACUUCUGUUUCCUUUCUUUCCAGAGCCACUAAAGUCCAUAUGACUGACUUUGGCUGUGAGCCUCAUUGCGGCCGUGCCCUUGUUGUUUUUAUUCGUUGUCUUGUUUGUCUUUUCUUGAGGAAAAAAGGGACUCAUUCCAUUUGUCAUCCAAGUUACUGCUAAACUCUUCUGACAUUGUUGACGAGAGACCCACGAGGGUGGAAGGUGAGAUCUGAGAUUGGGAGAGAGUGAAGAAUUGGGAACCCUACAGAGAGCCAUGAGAGUGGACAAUGCGAGUUUGUGCCUUUUUUGUGAUGGAUUGAGAAGAACAUUGCCUUAAACUAGUUACAGGAGGGGUUGAAGAUGUUGAGCCCCAUUCCACCUCUGUUCUUGCUUUUCAAGAGGUGGAGACACGUGAGGGUCAAUGGCUGGCCUGAAGAAUCGGAAUAAAACCCUCAGCAUGUUUACCAGGAACUCCCUGCAGACAUUGUCACGUUUCAUAUCCAUUAUGAACCUUUUUACUGUUUUCUGUUCUGUCAUUUUACUGUGCUUGUGUUGUACAUUACAUAACAACUAAACUUGUAAGGUAGUUGCCAGCUAUCCAAGAGCAAACAUCAUUGGAGCUCUUUGCAAUUGUAUUUUCCAGUGCUUUACAAGGCAAGCCAAUGUGUAGCGAUUUAUUUGAACUCUAAUGACCAAAUAAGCACCUCCUCCUCGUCCUCCUCUUCGAAAGGGUUGACCAGCAUGCACCGUUACGGAACAGCUUUCCAUCUGCCAAGUUUGAAUUCAAGUGUGGUAAAUUCACAGCAACUAUUUUGAAGCAUGAAUUUGCUGUUGAAACAGUAGUUCUUUGCCACUAGCUGUAAGAAUUAAGUAUAGGGCUGCAAUGAUGAUUUGUCAUACAAAAAAACACAAUUUGUGGUUUAAAAGAAACUAUUUAUAUUUUUCCUUCUCUCAACACAUUGUUAUUUUAUAGCUAUAAAUGUCUAGUAUUGAGAUUCCUUUACAGCUAAUCAAGGGCAGUAUCGUAUCACUACUAUUAUUCUACUCAGCAGAUGGUCAGUUUUAUUGACAUCUUUGAAACAAGAGGAAAAGGGCUGGUUAUGAUUUUAAAUGUACCAUUUCGCCUUCAGAUGUGCCACCUGGUGAGAUUUAGGGCUGGUGUAAAGCGAAACGUUUCCUGCCGAUUGGUCUGUCCAAGGGCAUCGCUACACAACGUAAUGGGCCUUUCACUAUAGGGGCAGGUGCUACUACUCAACCCAGGAAGUAGCGAGACCACCAGCUUCCACUCAGAAAACAAUCGUAAAAACACCUCUGAGACAACUGUGAUUCUCAGACAAUCUGCAUGGUAUUAUUUUGAUGUAGUUUUGGAGCUGCACCUCUGACCUAAAGGGGGCAGUGUACCAGUGCUUCUAAACAGCACAUAGAACUGUGUGUAUAUAUACGCAAUUAUGCAUGCUGACAGUAGAUUGUUUGGCUUGACUUUGAUUGUACAUUUAACAUUUGGAUUCUGGACUGAUUAAGAGGUAAUUAUUUUGUUUGACGACCCUGACUCAUGUUUAGCCUCUUGGCAACUACCUUUGGCAUUCUUUUUCGUGUGUAUCAUGUACGUUAAAUAUGAGACACAUUAAGGAAAGGGAUUUGAUUCACUGUUCCUUGACUUCAUUUUUAUAUAUACCUGUCACGUAUGACUACUCCACUUUGGGUUUUCGCCCAUUUUUUUGUCUGUUUUUCUUUGUUUUGUUAUUUUUUUCUGGCCUUGUGACCUUGUUUGUCUUGUUUUUGUUUUUUGUGUUUUUAUUUGUCAUUCUUUAUAUAGUUGACAAUGUGUUUUACAUGCUUAAGAUUUGUGUUUUUUAUAUAUAUAUAGAGAGAGAGAGAGAGAGAGAGAGUAACAGCCUUUUUUAAACAUUCUUAAAAAAUAUUUUUAUUUGUUUUAUCUUUUAACUGUUUUUAUUUGUAGACGUGGGAUGGUUUUACUUGUAUAAUGAUUCCAACAUUUGUGUAUUUACUGCGUUCUGUUCAUAGUAGAUUUAUAUUACAAAGAUCUAUAGAUAUAUUAUAUAUUAUAAAGAUUGCAGACUCGAAUGAGAAAAUUUGUAUUGCAAAGUGAUAUAUCAGUAUGUGGUACUGAUUCUGAAGGCACUGUUUAAAGCUGCUGUUGGUUUCAUUCAUUCACAGUAGCAUUAUUCUGGCACCGCAACCGCUUAAUCAAAAGCAUUUUGCUCAUCAUGAUUCCAGCUUUAUUCUGACAGAGCUCUUACUCUAAUACAAAAAUCGCCCUGAAUAUAUUAUGGACUGACACUUUAAAUUUGAUGCAGAGUGAAUGUGGUUAGACCAAGUAGAUUAGAUGCUGACAUCACAAUGAUCUUUGUUUGGUCAAUGUAAAAUGGAUUUCGAUUGUUGUAUUCUUCCCUUCAGAAUUUUAAAUAUGUUUGAAUUACUUAAGUUAGCAUUGGGGUGAAUCUCAACAAAUCUGUUAAGAACAUGUCUGGGUCAUAUUUCCUCCCCAAAAUCAGAAGAAAUGAUAUUUUGCUUUUAAGAUAUUUUACAUCGUGACAUUAUUUUCAUGAAAAUUAAGCCUAUUCCCCCAACUUCCUACCUGGUUUCAUGACAAAUUGUAAUAAUAGUAUGAGAUGGCGUAAUCAUACGAAUUGUCUUGUACAAAAACGUGUUCCAAAAAAAACUUUUACUCCCAUAGAGAGAGACCAAGAUUUUGUACCAUGGAAGAAAGAGAAACAUUUUGGGUUUUAAACGAGCAUUCUUAUACUUUUUCCUAAGUUUUGUAUUAAUUUGAAAUUUGUUUGUUGAUUGGUUGGUCUCUAUGGGAAUAAAAGUUUUCGUACGAACCAAGUUGUACAAAUUAUUACAAGAGGCCAUGAGACUGUUGCCAAAUUCUCAUUACUGUAAUGCAUAAAAUAUCACGUUAUCAUUACUGUAAUGUGAAAUUUUUUUAUUUAGACUGUUAAGUAUUUAUAAAUAAUGGUAGUAUUUGUUUUUCUAUUUUAAUUUAUGAUGCAUAUCACACUUGAAUAAAUGGGAAUUAAAAAAAAAAGCUCUAAAGAAAAAUGUCUAGAUGCAUCACAGUAAUGAGAAUUAGGUGUGAAAUGUGCUUAAUUGUCAUGAAAAUUAUGGGCCCUAUUUUAAGAGCGAUAGCACAGCGUUAUGUGAUAAAUCAUAAGCGCAAGUAUGCGCUAAGUCUAGGCGCAAGUGGGUUUGAUGGAAUUGCGCACGCAAAGCACUAAUGGGCUGGGUCAAGUACAAUUUAAUACUGAGGUUCUUCUCCUGUUAUUGCACUGUCUGCGUCCCAUUAUAUAGUCUAUUCCCUGUCAAGCAGCAGUGAUAUAAACAAAGACAGCACAUUCAUAAGAAGCUGGUUGUGUAAAUGGACUGUAAGCAAUGAGUUAGAAGAAUAGAAAUAUGGACUUAAUUUCUUUUGUGCAUUUACUUCGUCCAUAUUGAAUGUCAGGCAUAUUUAUAUGACAGUAACAUGCUCCUUUUAUGCUCAUGGAAAAUCUGGUUCUCAUCAGGAUUUGGAUGUUGUUUCCUUGAAAUUUUAGAGAAUUUUACUAUUUUUAAUCAUAUUGAUUUAUUGACACAAAUCAUGGCUAGAAUUAAAGGAGCAAUAUGUAACAUUGACAUUAAAAUGGGUACUGCAAUCCAAAUUAUUGGAAAAUAUUGGAGAGAGUUGUCUCCUCCACCCCCUCCUCCCCAGACUCGAAGCUCACGUGGGUUGCCAAAUUGAGGACACGCAACAGGAACGAGCAAACUGACAAUGGCAAGCAACGAGCCUUACACUGUAAGUUGAUCAGCUAAUGUAUACGUUUGCAAUGUUUUUAUUGUUUGCAAAUUAUAAACCAGCUCAUGUGGAUUUUUUAUAACUCUGUUAAUGUUAGCUAGAUGUAUUGCUGCAGCAUGCUGUUUUUGCCCACUAACUUAUUUCAAAUCUGGCAACCCGGGUGUCGAAAUACUAUUUGGAAAUGGGUAGUGGGCGGGAUCACACAGGCCAAAACACAAACAGAAAUUCCAGCCCGGAAUGGACAUUUCAAAGUAGAAUAUAGUGGCUGUAGCAUUGUUUCUGGAGAAGAUAUUUCAAUUUAGCAUGUUUCCUAAAUCUCUGAUAACAUAUUAUGAUAAUUUUAUGCUUUAGCACAGUAAAUAUAUGAUUUUAUACGCCUUCUAGGACAGGCUGUGGAUUUCUACAUGCACUUCACUUCUACCGGUCGAUUUUGCUUUGAAUAUUACAAUUAUUUAAUGAAACAAGAAAAUCUUAAACCAAAAAUAUUUCUAAAGUAAAAUUUCAUUUCAAACUAAAUAAAAAUAUAAUUAUAAUAACCAAGUAGUCAAAAAAAAAUUGAAUAUAAUCAAAUCCCUAAAUUUUACCCUCUCUAACUUCUUCGACCAGCCUCUUUUGUAGUGACUUAAAAAUCACUCUAAGACAACAGAUGGAAAAAUAUGAAUACAAAUUAGAUCAUAAAUACAAUUGUAAAUAUAAGCAUAAUAAUAAUGUUAAUUGAAAAAUAAACGAUGACCUCUUGAAAAUAGCUGAUUGCACUUUGCUUACGAUACAUCCACUGUUUGCACACAUACACUCACAGAUAGCGCAAAUACGCUCACUUGUGCUGGCAUGAAAAUUAUGGUUAGAAUUAGCACUAUCACGAAAAUGGGAUAAGAUGUAGCGCAAGGUCAUUGUGCGUAGUGCGACAUUUAGCGCACUCAUUAAAGAAAAGCCUUAUGUCACAGUGGUCCCAAAAAUAGGCUUCUGUGUGCAAAAUAUAAUUGUAUUUAUUUAUUUUUUUCAUUCGAUCUUGUGGUGGAAAUUGACCUGGAUUUGUUGUCAUGAAAUUCACUUGUCAGUGUUUCGUUUGGGCUAAUGAUGUCAGCAGUCACUCUCUGGACUCUUCGGUUUGUUAAAUAGUUGUCUUCUUAUUCAUUUCUAGCAUGAUCUAUUUUGGGCCUUUAUGCAGCAUCAUAUCCAAACUAUGUCCAUCAAAUCUGAAUUAUUUUUUUAAGGAAGUGCAAAGGUUGACAUUUAUUGAAAGUGUCCUGGAAAUGUAAAGCAACGUUCCCAAAAAGUCUCGUAAUAACACUAAUAUUCAAACUAAUUAAAACAGCUAGUGACUAAUCAGACCAUAACUCCAAACCACUUUGCAAUAACAGUCUCAGUAACGGCACAGUCUUGUCAAAGGGACAUCAUUAUCCGGUUCAUCUGGAUAGUAAUUUACUUUCCUCUUGUUUUGUAUAAAAGAAAAUAAGCAUUCCAAUUUUUUUCCCUGUUUUAUUUUACCUAUCUGUCAUUACUGCUAAUUUGCCGUGAGGCCUGGCCUGAGCGUUGUUUAUUUGCAGGCCAGGGUGAAGUUGAUUUCAUUCUCUCUCCUUCACAGCUGUAGAUUUCUGCAUGGUUUGUGCAUCAGCAUGCCUGUCUGUCCUUGUAACAUAUUUGCACAAAAGAGGAACACAGGAGGGUUUGAGGCUUUUACAACAUUGGAGAACGCAUAGGAUGGAAGCUCUUCUGUUCCUCCUCUGAUUCUGGUCAGUAAAGCAGACAGAAUGAUGCUCUCUGUGUCCGACGGAUGUGCUUUUUACUUGUUGAAAAAAAAGAAUAAUGAAAGAAAAAGGAUUUUUGAAUAUUUUACAACAACAACAAAAUUAUCUAGCACUUGUGGCAUACGGACUAUAGACUUUAUUGUGUUUAUGUAGAGCAUUUCUUUAGGUGAACAACACACUACACUACACAUACUGUAGACUGGCCUGUGUGACUUUUUUGCUUUUGGUUUGUUUUAUUUUUCCACUCUUCCUCUAGAUGUAUUUUUGGGGCUGGAGGAAGACUAGGAAAAGCUUAGGGUUGUUCCUUUAGAACAUCUGGAAUCAUCAAAAGGCUUUUCCAGAUGCUUAACAGAUAUAUCUUUAGUUUGUCAAAAAGAACAACACUUAUCAGCCAGUAAUACCUGUGACCACUGUGGCUCGAGAAAUGCAUAUUAUUUUUGUCACUUUGUUUUACCAUUGUUACAAUAGAACUUUUCUUGGGACCUUUGCUCUGACGUUUGUCUUUGACAUCAACUAUAAAAUACCUUGUUUUUGAA